AUAGCAUGGACGAUCACGUGAUGAUAACAAAAUGGCAGCACAAAUAACGUCGGGUCCCAAUCAGGGGAAUGUCAGAAAACCCGACCUAUUUAGCAAGCUAGAGGGUUUUAAUGAUGAUGUCAACAUGGCUGUGUUUAUCCCCCGGGAGGAUGGGGUCAUUACUGUCAGUGACGAUAAAACUUUAAGAGUUUGGUUAAAGCGUGACACAGGACAAUAUUGGCCAAGUAUAUGCCACACAUUGCCAUCACAAGCUGCAUCCUUAGCUUACAAUGAGGAAACUAGAAGAACAUUUAUUGGUUUGGACAAUGGUACAAUAUCAGAAUUUAACCUCGCUGAGGAUUUUAACAGAAUGUCUCAAACAAGGGAUUACUUAGCCCAUCAAGGCAGAGUGACAUCACUGAAAUUUUCUUUGAAUUGUGAGUGGGUACUUAGUUGUGCCAGAGACAAGUAUUUCCAGUGGCACUGUUCCGAAACAGGGCGGCGCCUUGGUGGCUACCAGGCCUCCGCAUGGUGUCUAUGUCUAGAAUUUGAUGAACAAUCUAAAUAUGUGUUUGUGGGGGACUAUUCUGGACAGAUUUCUGUAUUAAGGAUUAGCAAUACUGAAUUUUCUUUAAUUGUCACCUUGAAAGGUCACUCAGGAAGUGUGCGUAGUCUAGCUUGGGAUGCUGAACGAAGCUUAUUGUUCUCUGGAAGUUUUGACGAGUCAGUGAUUGUAUGGGACAUAGGCAGUAAGCAAGGCACAGCAUUUGAACUACAAGGACACCACGACAAGGUACAAGCAUUGGCGUAUGCUUCUGGUAGUAAACAACUUUUAUCUGGAUCUGAUGAUGCCAUUCUCGGUAUCUGGAAUAUGGAUGUAAAAAGGACAGAGACACCAUCAUGGGAAGAAAGUGAUGUGUGCCAAAAAUGCAACUCUCCUUUCUUCUGGAACUUUCGACGGAUGUGGGAGGAGAAAACUAUUGGUAUAAGACAGCAUCACUGUAGAAAAUGUGGUAAAGCCGUGUGUAACAAAUGUAGUGCCAAAAAAUCCACGAUACCCCCGCUGGGAUACGAGUAUGAAGUUCGUGUGUGUGACGACUGCUUCUCCUCCAUUAGUGAAGAAGAAAAAGCUCCUCUGGCAACUUUUCAUGAUGUCAGACAUCAAAUUCUGUACAUGAAUUUAGAUCAAACUCGAAAGAGACUUUUGACUGUGGGAAGAGACAGAGUUGUAAAGCUAUGGGAUGUCAGCACUUCAGACGAAGUCUGUUGCCCCCAGCUCCCAAACGGGGAGGUGGAAGUAUGGGCCUCAGCCAUUGUGAAUUUUCAGUACCCAAGCAGUAACCCAUGCAUAAUCUUUGAUGCUUCUCUACAAAUAAGUAUUGUAGGAGUGUUUAAGCCAAAUCCACAGGUAAAACAGGUGUCGCUGGACAAUAAAGCAGUGGUACUGAAUUCCACGGCCAGUUAUUGUGAUAAUGGUAACUCCUCCAGUCUUGAUUUCUUCAUGGAGGGAGGGGUGGGCUUCACAGUGACUUUCCUAAAACAAAACGACACGGUUAAAAUGAUGCCGUCCAUCACUUUUGUCCCGGCCAUCAUCUUCAACAGCUUUUCAAAUGACACUAGUCAGGUGGCCUUAAAGGGAACCAAAGGCAAGCUCCUCCCACCCUCUAACGUGUCAUACUCCUGCUUUACUGGAGACACGCCCAUUGUGAUGACGAACGGGAGUAGUGCUGGUGUCUCCUAUCAUGCCAUCAUAUCGAUCACAGAAUUACAGGUGCAGGCCUUUGACAUCGAAAACGGAAAACUCGGUCCUGGAGAGAGUUGUGACGCCGUACCGAUUCCCAGUGUUGCACCCAUUGUCACACCAAAGCCCGGGGAUCCGCCCGUGAAAACCUACUCCAUAAAUAACGGGAAAGUAGACUGCAUCGUGCUUCAGGCGGGGAUAGAGUUUACCAUACCAUACACAAGUAAUGGAGCGCGUUUAAUGAAAACAGUUGGUGUUCCUGAUGCCACUCAAGUGACGGGGAUUUGUGGAGAGGGCGUGGCUACCAUCCAGUCAAUGUCUCUUAUGUUUUACGAUGACUGGCUUCUUAAUUUCAUCCUCUCACAUUCCGCAUCUGCGUCCCAUCAUUUAUUAAUGGACGGUACAACUUACGGAAUCAAAGAAAUCUCUUUGGAGUACAACAUUUCAUCUACCUUGUUUCCCGAUGCCGACAAUACCGGUGAGAAAAUGUUGGCUAAACAUGUCUUUGCAACACCCAAUUUCUUGACCCCAGUAGGAAGCAGCUAUAGAUGUCAGGCUAAUACUAACGUGGAUGUACAGGGAAUACAAACGAGACUGACAUCAUUUCAGUAUUUGGCAUUUGGAACCCAAAAUUCGACUUCAUUUGACCCAAAUGCAGUCACGGACUGCCAAUCUCCAUCCCCUUCCCCCGAGGACAACGAUUACACAGGAACCAUCGUCGGUGUAAUCAUCGCUGUCUUUUUUAUUGUCAUGGUUUUUAUAGGUAUUAUCUUAUAUAUGAAGAAGAAAGGAAAGGGAUCAUAUGAACAAGUUUACUAAUUUUCCAGGACUGUUGUGUG